UCGCUUUUCCCUCCACACGCUGUCAUUUGUGAUAAACGCCGAACAGCGAGGCCGGUGGUACGUUCGCUGUCGACUGGACUCACCCGGCCGGUUUGUUUGGAACGCCGAGGCGGCCGCCGGGAGCUGACCUCCCGUCAAGGCACCAACUUGUUCGGAUUAUCGUGGUUAGCCCGGCGGGCUACUGCUAGCUAGCAUGCUGGGCUAGCGUUAGCCCGGCGGGAUACUGCUAACUAGCAUGCUGGGCUAACGUUAGCCCGGCGGGUCACUGCUAUAUAGCAUGCUGGGCUAACGUUAGCCCGGUGGGCUACUGCUAGCUAGCAUGCUGGGCUAACGUUAGCCCGGCGGGCUACUGCUAGCUAGCAUGCUGGGCUAACGUUAGCAGGGCAGCUAUGGCUCACUAAUCUCUUUGAUAAAUACGAGACGAACAGCGGAUGUGACACGCGUGACGCGUGGUUUGUGCAGCUGUGUUUUAAACUACGCUGUUCAGUUAUUCUUAGUUUUCAAAGCGGUUAAUGUGCUUUUUAUGUAGGAUGUAUGUAUAUUGUUAUCGCAACUCCUCUCAUCUGUAUCAAUUACAUGCUAGCAGUAGCGCGCUAACCUCAGCAGGAGAGGAAAAGUCGGGCUGUUUUGACCUCUUUGGUCGCACGUCUCGUUUCGCCGUCAUGCGGUUCACUUUGUCGAAAGGCCCGAGACGCUGAUGGCGUUUUUGAUUUGUCGUAUUUAACCCGGAGCCACUUGAGACCACGCAGCCACACGGACAAACCAGGCAAAGCGCGCCCACUUGGCUGAUACAACUUCAGUGUCAUCAGAAACUCUGGAGGAAACUCUCCCUCGAGUCGGACACUGAUCACCUCCCGCGUGUCGGCUCGUCCUCUUGCCGCUGAUCUCACGGUGACAUCGCGAUGACACCCGCAGGUUCUACAGACGUCUGUCCCGCACACGCGACGUUUGAUUGACAAAAUACGCCCCCCUCCCGCGAAAAGAACACGUUACCCGACGUAUCUUGUGUUUAUUUGCAUGCAGGGACGUGGGAGUGAUGGGCAGAGAGUUAGAAACGCGAUGCUUCCUUGCACUGGCAUCGUUCCCUUCCUCUCUUGUUGCUGCACACUCGUUUCCUCUUGCAAAGGUAGUCCUGCAGACAGACAAAGGCCGCACAAGCUUACUACUUUGACCUCGGUGGGGUGGAUCGAUGGGGCCGAGCCCACUCGAGGAUCCCAACAUACUCAGCUGCCGAGAGGAGACUGAUAUUGGGUUUUGGAUUGAGUUCAGUUGCAUCCAUCGCGCCCAGCUGGGUUCUCUUUUAUUUCCUGGUGACUCAGUUUCAGCUCAAAGGUUCGUCUCGUUGAUGGUUUUACAUCCCAGUUCAGCAGGGUCAUGUUAGCUAACACCACCUCUCUGUUUUUCUGUGGAGGUGCCUGGCAACACUCGCGUUACUUAUCUGUUGGCCCGUGUUUCUGGAAACACUGAAGCCGGCAGUUUGCCGCGAUUAAUUGUGCGAAGCUAUUGCCUCAUAAAACAGUCAUUGGAUGUUCGACUUUGACUUUAUUGUUUCCAGGAAAAAGUAAAGGAUGUUAUUACGAUGUGGAAAAACUCCAAACGUGGCUUUUAGAGGUGGAUGCUCAAAUAGACGGCGACCGCACAGUAAUUAUAAGCCAUCAUGCCCGGGGAGGGUCCCACUUCCCAACUGCCGGUGUGAGACGUUGAGACGCACACACACACACACACACGGGCGCACACACACACAGCACACGCAGGCUUGCACACAGACGGUCAGUCACUGACUGACAGCCGACCGGCCGGCCCGGGCGGGCGCGUGCAAUGGACCGGUGUAAGCAUGUGGGGCGGUUGCGGCUGGCCCCGGACCACUCCAUCCUCAACCCGCAGAAGUGGCACUGUGUCGACUGCAACACCAGCGAGUCCAUAUGGGCCUGCCUGGGCUGCGCCCACGUGGCGUGCGGGCGCUACAUCGAGGAACACGCCCUGCAGCACUUCCAGCAGCAGCACCACCCGCUGGCGAUGGAGGUCAACGAGCUCUACGUCUUUUGCUACUUGUGCGACGACUAUGUCCUGAACGACAACGCCACCGGAGACCUGAAGCUGCUGCGCAGUACGCUGAGCGCCAUCCAGAGCCAGCGCUACGAGGUCACCACGCGCAGCGGACGCACCCUCCGCUCGGCCAGCGCCGCCCCCGAUGCCCCGAUGCCGUCCGGAGCCCGCCAGCUGCAGCUGAGGGACGAGGACAGGAUGUUCACGGCGCUCUGGCACCGCCGCAGGACGCUCAUGGGACGCGUCUUCCGCCUGUGGUUCGCACUGACCGAUUGCGGGAAGAAGAGGGAGGAGGAAGAGCGGAAGAGGGAGGAGGAAGAGGAGCUGAAGAGGGAGGCGCGGGAGAGGAGGCGCGCUGUAAAGAGGCAGCUACGGGAGGAGUUGGGGAACGCCCCUCUCAGGAAGAGCCGCCGUUUACGCUGGAAGAGCAAGCAGGAGGCGGAGGCGGCGCUCUCGCGGCCGUCUCAGAGGACGCGCAAUCGGACAAAACCCCCCGUGACUCCUUCCCUCACCCGCAGGCCCAGGACCCGGAGCCCUGCCGCCGCUCCCCCGAGGAGGAGUGGGAGAACGAAAAAGGCCCAGCCCGCUCCCAAACCCGGCACGCGUUCCUCCGCCAGCAAACCGAGGCCCAAAGCCCCCUCAGCGACGCCCUGUUCCGCCCGAACCCCCGUUCCCCGAAAGCAGGGCGCCAAGCAGAGCGGCUCGCCCUUCAAACGGCGUCCCACAGUCACUCCCGGAGUGACGGGCCUGAGGAACCUGGGCAACACGUGUUACAUGAACUCGAUCCUGCAGGUGCUGAGCCACCUCCUCGUCUUCAGGGAGUGCUUCCUGCGCCUGGAUCUGACGCAGGCGCUGGAGCUGCUGGCGUCCGCCGUCCACGGCCAACUGGCGGGGAGUCCGUCCCCCCUGAUCCAGAGGCGGGGCUUCCAGGCCAGUUCGGGUUCCGGGGCGGGGCUGAGCGGCGGCGCCUCCCGGACCCGCAGCAUGGAGCUGAUACAACCCAAAGAGCCCAGCUCAAAGCACAUCUCGCUCUGCCACGAGCUGCACACCUUGUUCCAGGUGAUGUGGUCGGGCAAGUGGGCGCUGGUGUCGCCUUUCGCCAUGCUCCACUCGGUGUGGCAGCUGAUCCCGGCGUUCCGGGGCUACGCCCAGCAGGACGCGCAGGAGUUCCUGUGCGAGCUGCUGGACAAAGUGCAGCACGAGCUGGAGAGCACCGGCAAGCACACGACCACCGCGGGGGUCCCGCAGAAACGCCUCAUCAAGCAGGUGCUCAGCGUGGUCAACACCAUCUUCCACGGCCAGCUGCUCAGCCAGGUGACGUGCCUGGCGUGCGACCAUCGCUCCAACACCGUGGAGCCCUUCUGGGAUCUGUCCCUGGAGUUCCCCGAGCGCUACCACAGCAACAGCAGGGAGUCGGCCGCUCAGGCCUCGUGCCAUCUGACGGAAAUGCUCGCCAAGUUUACUGAGACGGAAGCGCUGGAGGGAAACAUCUACGCCUGCGAGCAGUGCAACUCUGCUCGCCGGCGCUCCUCCUCCAAACCGCUCCUCCUGACCGAGGCGCAGAAACGGCUGGUGGUGCACAAACUGCCUCAGGUCCUGCGGCUUCACCUCAAGCGCUUCAGGUGGUCCGGGCGGAACCACCGGGAGAAGAUCGGCGUUCACGUCCGCUUCGACCAGCUCCUCGACAUCGAGCCGUACUGCUGCCGCGAGCCCUCGCCCAAAGCGGCGCCCUGCUCCGCCCCCGCCAGCCCCGGCGCCCCGGGCUCGCCGCGCCCCAAGCACUUCCUGUACGACCUCUCCGCCGUGGUGAUGCACCACGGGAAGGGCUUCGGCUCCGGCCACUACACCUCCUACUGCUACAACACAGAGGGAGGCUUCUGGGUUCACUGUAACGACUCGAAGCUGAACGUGUGCUCGGUGGAGGAGGUGUGCCGCGCUCAGGCCUACAUCCUGUUCUACACACAGCGGGUGACUCAGGACAAAGACCGGCCGCUAUAGGACCAGAGUGCCCUUCUUCCUCCUCCUCCUCCUCCUCCGGCUCCCCCUCCCCUCCUUUGGGCAUUUUCAGACCCCGGGAGGAAAAUAAGUCUUUUUUAGUCUAUUUUUCUAAAUAAGUGGGGAAAAACUCCUUCUAAAGCCUGGUUCUGCUUUGUGAACUUACAUGUUUAUAUGUAGAUAUUUUUUUUUAAAGAAAGGGGUGACGUUUGUGAUUUGCCUACAAGUGUAUUUUAUUAAAGAGUAUCAGCCAAGAUGUGUUCUCAGUAGCAGCCAACAGACUCGAGCGUCCUCUGGAGGCCCAACAGGUGCAUCUGGCUGCUCUUUUUGUGAA